CGACGAGCUGGUCUUGAGUAGUAGUAAAGUAGAAAAAGUAGAAUCACUUGUUUUGCGGCUGCACUUUUCAUUUGAGAAUGCGGACGAAAGGAAACGACAAAGGUGAACCAACAUGUCAAGAAGGACGAUUUAUUCCAGCAAGGACCUCACUCGUCUCGUUUCUUCAUCUUCGCCAUAUUUGCGUAUUUCUUCGUGUCCGUCGUGGUACUAUCGGUAUGAGAACAAACCUUCUACCUGCCACCUGCUCCACAACCGAAAGAGCCGCGGCCUGGCGUUCCUAGAUGUUCUAGCUGUCUCGUCGUCCACGACGUGCUUGCUCUCCACCCUACAGAAGCCGGCGCACGCGGUACAGAACCGGCAGAGCAGCAGGAGAAGCAGCAGUAGUAACUAAAAGAAGGAUACUUUUUUAGAGGCAAGCGCACUAAAUUGGCGAGAAGAUUUUCUUUUGGCUUUUCGCAGUUCAAGCCUGCGAAAGAUUGGCGCUCCGCAGUCGAAGACACAGGCACCAAAGUUGUACGAUGAAGAUCAAGAUGCCAGAGUCAAGACCCCGUCUCGCCCAUAGUUGUGCUUGCAGCACCGGUAGGAGAUGAAGAAGAUGGAUUUUCGUUUUUGGGUCGCAGUUCAAGAUGAGAAGAUGAGACGAUGAAGAAGUUCCAGUCAGGGGGCGUGUAGUCGUCUGUGCGACUUUGCUGGUGACUGCAACUUCUUCCUCCGAUGGUGUUCCCUUCCCGAUUCAAUAUUUUUCCGAUGUAGUGCCCUUCGCGGAUUCGCUUUGCAGUAGCAGUACUUGACCUAUCGGGAUUCAAGAUUGAUGAUUAGCUUCACUAUUUGAAAUUAGUGUUCGUAGUGACAGCUCCGGGCGGCCGCUGGGGGAUUUCGGUGUGACUAGCUGCUGGCGACUAGUCUCCAUUUAUGUUCGGGGAAGAAGCACGACUACAAGAUGUUGCUGAUGACUUCAUAUCGGGUUUCGAGAUUUUAGGCACUAGUAGACUUUGGCGAAAAGCAGCCAAGCUAACGUAGAACACACGUGCAGAGGUGCGGAAACGCCGGGAGAACAAAAAGAAAAACCCCGGACAGCAGAAAGCACAACAGCAGUCAGGACGAACGAAACAAGGAACAGUACGCAGCGGAAGAGACCACCGACACGAACGCGAGACAUCACGAAGCAAGAACAUGGAGCAGUAUGGGGGCGUAGAACGAUUUCGAUUUCGACAACAAGCUGCAGCACGGAGCACUGACUACGAUUUUUAGACGCAGGAACGAAAAGGGAAAAUGGAAUACAGUUAUAGUAGCGCGAACAGCAGCAGCAGUGAUGACAACAGGCGCUGCGGUCUUUCGGAUGCAAGAUUUUGGAACACAGCAAUGGGGGCGCGGAACGACCUUGACUUCAGCUUUCAAAUGCAGGGACCAGGAGACGCGGAAAUUUGAACGCAGGACCAGCAGCAGCAGUGACGAUAGAAAGACGCGCAGUUUUUUGGAUGCAGGGUUUUCAGAAUUCGCAGUGCAGCAUGCGAGCAGCUUUUGUUUUCGGAUAGACGGUGGAGAACUUCGUAUGGCGUUAGGGGGCAGUGCCGCCUGCCGAUGCUGGAGAGAUUUGUUUUCGAUCGACCUCAACCUGAUUCCCGUUUUCCAUCCGACACGCCGAUGCUACCAACAGCCGGUCGAUAAGCUUUUGCACAACUUCGCCAUUCUUCCAGUGGGAAUGAAAUUGCUUCUGUACCACGACCGCCUUGGAAGAGUUGUUGAUGACCCCGCGGGAUUUCGAAUCGAAGACAACAUGACGACCACAGGCGAUGCCAGUACUGUUUGCGGAGCAAGUAUCCCUCGCGACGACUUUGUGUACACUGAUCGGCGUGAGCUUGCUUUUCAGGCUUGAAAACGAACCGACUCCGGAUUCGAGAUUUGUCAUGCAGGUUUACGCGGGGGGCGAAGGAUUUGUCUCUGUUGUGAACCGACGAAAGAUUACGCCCGCGACCACCGCACGCAGACUUUCCGAUGCCGAUCUCGAUCAAGACGCCGAUGCUGAUUAUUUUCUGACGCAAGAUAUCCGAGCAAGGACUCGCUUCUCGAGAACGCGACGGAGAGUUAUCCUGUCGACGAGAGGAGAUCGGAAUUUGUGAUGCUGGAUUUCGAUAAUUGUUGGGCGACGAGAUGAAGAGCCUGAUCCUGUGCGAAGGCGACGAUCCGAAUUUGUGUUGCUGAUUACGGACGCUAGGCGUUUGAAUACGACGAGAUGUUUCGACUUGGGACGCGGCGAUGGAUUGGAAGUGGGAUCCUUCAGUUGGUGCUUGCGAUAUCGAACGGGAUUUGCGGAUGGAGAUUACGAUAACGAAUCAAUUGGAUCGCCGAUGGGAACCUGCGACGACAAGAGACCGAUGCUGCGAUGAGAAGAAACCGAUGCUGUGAUGGGAGAAGAUGAUGUGAUGAGAAUUGGAAGACGAAGCUCGUGGAAGCAGUUUAUGGAUUUAUGCUAAACAGAUUUCGAUUACGACUUAGAAUUUCAUGUAGGAUGUAGAGUCUGAGUUUCUAUUGCUAGUAGUUUCCGUUUCAAGCUUCUGUGAGAUUUAUGCAUGGUUUUAGAUUUUGAUUAUGAGAAAAAGCGUUGGGGGCGGUUUGUGUAAAUGAAAACUAGUUUUGAACGCUGUUUCUCAUAGAUCAAAACUCAGAAAAUGAACAGGAUGAUAAGGGAAAGCCAAGAAAUCGAUCGAGCAAGAAAACAGAACGAAAAUGAAGGAAAAGCAAAGGAAAUCUUGCCACGAUCGAAAGGAAAAGGAAAAGAGACGAAGAGAAAAGGAAAAGCAAGGAAAUUAGGUCUGAUUUCUUGUGAAUCCGCAUCACAAACUGGAUUUUCUUACUACUUUCAAGCGGAGCCACGGCUACGGGCGUUUUAGGAAUACGAAUUUAGCAUAAGACAAUGGAAAAACUAGACUUGGGAUAGAGAAUCUGUAAUGCGUAUCUGUGGAAUUCGAUGUAGUUUUAGAUGGUGUUCGAUUAUGAUUUCGGUGCGUACGCGUCUGAAAAAUUAACCUCUCCAUUUCGAAACUAGAUCCUACAAGCCGCGGCCUGGCGUUCCUAGAUGUUCUAGCUGUCUCGUCGUCCACGACGUGCUUUCGUGCAGCUCGCCUGCCCAGUAUUGUGUGGCAGAACCACGAGAACCUCCGGCAGCAGAAACGGUUUCUGUACGAUGAGACGCUUGCUUCGAAGCUUCACGGCCGCAAACUGCGCGCGCUCGUGCUGUACUACAUGCAAAAGCAUCGUACUAGUAUCAAUCUUCGCAUGACAAAUCUCCUCAGCUUGAGAAAUAGAAUUUGUAAUGCGGAUUCAACUUAAGUAAGAAAGAAACUUGUAAUGCAUGAAUGCGAUUAAUAGUAUGUUUACGAUACUUUUGCACAGGAUAUGCUGCAUCCGAUCAUUGCGCCGGAGCUCAAGCUAUGAACUGCAAAAGUAUCGUACUCGUAUAAAUGCAUUACAAAGUUCCCCAGCAUGAUAAGUGAAAUUCAAAUUUGUAACGCAGAUUUGCCUUAAAAAGACUAGACAAAGAUUUGUAAUGCAACUUUUGCAUUUAGAUUUAUACUUACGAAUACAAUACGAUACUUUUGCGCAGGAUACAAGCCCGUCACCGCCGAACUGGGCACGGAGGAGCAUUUGAGCCAGGAACUCGCGCAGGAGAAAAUUUUUAAAGUGUACUGCAACGACGUGCACACUUUAGCAGACGCAGAGGAGGCGAUUGGGCUUGCCCGCGCGUGCAAAUGGGAUAUCCUGCCGGGGCCAAGGGUACCGCUCAGUGGGUGGAACGAAAAGGCGCUUGCUGGUAUUAGAGAAAUGAUCGCGAAGAUUUUUGCAAUUUCCUUUGAUCAUCAUGAUUGAACAAUUAUGGAUGCAACUUUUGAGCACUGCAGUAGGACAGAAGCAGAACAAACCGUGUCUGAUAAAAUAUCUCACUCCGAACAACACACAUAAAAACCCCCCUCCACAUCUGAUCGAAGAGGCUACUGCCGUUCAAGAGCAGCGGCGAAACCGUGGCAAGAGCCUGCCCGAGGGCUGGCACCUGGAUGACGGCAAGGUCGAUGAGGAGAGCAGCGAGUACGAUUGCGACGAGGUCUAUGCUGAAAAAAGGACCCAUUCCCAUCCAAUUUGUGAUGCAAAACAUGCAUAAAUUGCUGUGUUUGUCAUGCAAAACAUGGAUGGGGAUGGUGUUUAAGUUUUUUCUGUGGAUAAGGUCGCCUGGACGGAGUACCCGGAGAUCCGAACCCAGUGGGCGGAAAGUUGCUUCACCUUCAUCCCCGGCUUUAAGCCCGUUCCCGCGACGUUUUUCCCCGCAACUCUGUUUCACGAAGAGCUCCUCGAGCACGUGAAGAAGACCAUGCCGGACGUGGUCUUUAUUAACGCCGCCCUGUCCGUUUCCCAGCAGCUGUACAUCGAGGAAGCCUGUUAUGACAGUGCACAACUCCACCUUCCCCUCAUUUGUAUAGCAUGGCCGGCAAUACAAGCAUCAGCAAGACUGCCGGUUUUGCAUGACAAAUUUGCACAGGACUGUAGUACUAUUUGGUCUACCAGAACUUGUCAUACAAACAGUGCCAAGAGGCAAAGGGUGGAUUUGGUAUUUUGCAUUACAAAUGAGGGGGAGGGGGAGUUGUGCACUCUCAUACCUGUCACCAAGCGUUGCGGCAGCACGGCGAGGACUUGUGGAAGCAGGAACAGGAGAACUUCACCCCCAUGGAGGACCGGCUCAGCCAGCACUGCCCGUCCUACAUCGAGGUUUGCGACCGGAACCGCCUCGUGCUGGAGAUCUUUGCGGCCCGCGCGCAGUCCCGCCUCGCGAAGCUGCAGGUGGCGAUCGCGAAGCUGCGGUUCGUGAAAACGCGACUUUCCCGCGGGUCGAAGAUGCGUUUACGGGCGGUUUUGGAGCUCACGGACCGGAAGCGGCAGCAGGGCAAGGUCGGCAUGGGCCAGGACGAAAUGACCCGGAACCGCAAUUGCCAGGGCGCUUUAGAAAGCGAGCCCACGGAAACGGAGGAGACGCUGCUGACGAACUACGAGCGGAAAACGCGGAAGCAGUUGGCGGUGUUGGAGAACAUGCGGAACAACCAAAGGGAAACGCGCAAAAAGUCCGGCGUCUGGACGAUCGGCAUGGUGGGGUAUACGAACGUGGGCAAGACGGAACUGAUGAACAAACUUCUAUGCAUGGCAAAAGCAUCGCACUAGUCCGAAUCUUCGCAUGGCAAAUUUUCUCAACAAGAAAGUUGCCAUUUGUCAUGCGGGUUCAGGUAGAAAACCAGACUUGUCAUGCAUAACUGGGAUUAGUACGAACGAGUACGAUAGUACUUUUGCCACGCAUAACUCCGAAUAAAAAACAACGUCAGCAACGAGAAGCAGUUCAACGAUCAGGAGAGGCUGCGUAUGACACCCUCAGAAUGGAAAUCCUCAAAGUGGAAAUAAUUUGUGAUGCAUGAAAUGCGACACCAAAAAGACUGUAUUGCAGAGAACGCAAUGGAGGCCUACUAUUGUGCUUCUACGGGUUCAGAAUUGGGCUGCUGAUUAGCACGAGAGAACGGCACCCCUUUGCCUAACUAGCAUGGCAGACACAUUCUGAGUGCCCGGGAAAUUUGUCAUGCGCCGACUACAAAAGGUGCUCCAACUGGAGUCGUUUUUUUGCAUUACAAAUCAUUUUCACUUUGAGGAUUUCCAACCUGAGGCUUUCAUACUGCGCGCGCGGGAUUUGCUGUUCCAAACUUUGGACACGACACUGCGGAAAAUCACGUUACCCAAAUCCAAGCGAAUCGCGAUUAUGGCGGACAGUGUCGGGUUUGUGCAGAACUUGCCGCACUUCCUCUUCGAGGCGUUUCAAACGACGAUACACGAAUUAUUGGAGUGCGACAUCGUUCUCCACGUCCGCGACAUCUCCCACGUGAACAGCACUUCCCAGAGGGACACGGUGCUGCAGACUUUGGCCCUCGCCGGGUUUGAUUUCGAGUCCACGCCGGUGGUUGAAGUGUGGAACAAGAUCGAUUUGAUUGGGGGAAUAUGCAAGAGGACAAAAGUAUCGUUCCAGUAGAAAUUGCUUCUCAGAAGAAACGAAAAAUCGGAAUUCCUGAUGCAGACUCAGACAGAAAAUGAGUAGAUUUCGAUUUGUCCUUCAAGUAGAACGCGUCAAUUCAUCAUACGAAUGCGACGAUACUUUUGUACUCCAGUAUACGGAAACGAUAAAAACCGGUGGGCAGAAAUGCAAGAGGAGAUGGCGGCGUUCGAAAGUGGACAGGGAAGGUAUAAUGGAGGACCGGCAGCGGCUUCUGCGUCAAAAAUGAGUAUAGCUCCAGAAACAAGUGGUCGAUCAGCGAAUGCAAUCUCCACGACGGCCUCGGACAUGAACAAGGCCGCGACAUUGGAUCAUUCCACUCUAAGUCAAAAGCAAUCUUCGUCUGCGACUACCGCCGUGCCCGUCCCACGUUCCUGCGGGGCCAGGCGGCACGAGAAGCAGCUGAAGAGGCAGGUCGAGAGCGAAGUCCGCUGGUGCGCAACAGAAGAUCUUGAUCUCAGUCUCACAAGCUCCGCCUCGGAAAACGAAGAUGUUGAGUCAACAACGAACGUAGAAGGCCACGCGAACACCACUGCCGCCAACCGCUACUUAGAAGAUCAUGGCACGAAAAACCCGACCACCACGAAUCCCUUUCCGGCGGAGCCGAAAUUUGUGGAUGCGGAGACGGCGGGGAAAAAGUACCCACCAAAAGCCAUCGUCCCGAUAUCGGCGUUGCAAGGCGAGGGGAUUGAUGUGUUGUUGGAAACCAUUGAGGCAGAGUUGCAGAAGCGAAACAAGUGCAAUUUCAACGUGUUCCAGUACGACUUGCGCUUUUCCUCCCGGGUGUCCGCGUUUUUGCACGAGGAGGGAUUAUUCUUGCAGGACGAGGACCAAGAAGUGUCCGACUGCGGCCGGCUCUUGACCAUCAGACUAACGAUGGAUCCGUGUCAGGCCGACCGGCUGGGGAGGUUCCUGGAAGCGCUGGAAAGGGACAGUGGUCAUGGCGGAAAUAAGAGUAGGGGGAAAGAGGUCGCGCAACAUGAUCGUGGAGGCGCUUGUUUAAAUGCAACACAGGCAACAUCUAGUAAUGCAAGAAAUGCUUCUCGAUUUCAGCACAGAACAACGCACAAGAAGAACUCAACGAGCCGAAACAGGAUUUAAAUGCGAAUGCAAUGCAAUAUACGAAAGAAAGGCACGUAUUGACGAGGAUAACUAU